AUGCAUCUAAUAUAGGAUUAGUCUUAGGAAACCUAGCUGAAAUUUAUAUCAUAUAUCCCCAAAAUAUAAGGUUGUGAAAAACUCAGAAUAAUUGCAAGCUCAUCUGAGCAACUUGAGUUAUUUGUCAAAUCUAGAAUAGGAAUCAAGUCUAAGAAAUCAGGAUUUAUCCUAGUGAAGGAUCUCGUGCCUGUCAAAAGACCAUUUUAUCUGGUCCAACAGCUUGGAAUUUGGUUUGAGCAUAUUGAUUCAAUAAUCUAAAAGGUUGAUGAGCUUGGUAUUAAAUCAGGACGGUUCACUCAAACUGGUGCUGGCACUAAACUAAAUAAUUGUGUCGAUAUUGCUGACAUCCAGUUAAAAUUAAUAGAACUAUAUUUACCAAAUGUGGCACAAGUUAAUCUUGGAGGAGGGCUUAAGAUAUCCAGAAAUUAAAAAUGA